CAACCACUUGUCAUGGCUGCAUGGUCAUGGCCAUGCACAUAGCGAGACUGAAAAGUGAGCUGAUUUCUUAAAUGGAAUGAGUCUUCAAGGAAUUGAACAAACUGUGAUGGGGCAGUUUUAUGAUCUGGAAUGACUGUAGUGACUCUGUGGGACUCUAUGGAAUGUGGUGGGGAGGAAAGAACAAGUUUUUAAGUACUGAUUACUAGCACCAAUAUCUGGUCAUAAUGGUUUCCAUACCUGAAUAUUAUGAAGGAAAGAAUGUUCUUCUGACUGGAGCUACGGGCUUCAUGGGAAAAGUGCUUCUGGAAAAACUGCUCAGAUCUUGUCCUAAAGUCAAAGCAGUGUAUGUAUUGGUAAGACCCAAAGCAGGGCAGACACCAGAAGCACGAAUAGAGGAAAUAACCAGCUGUAAGCUCUUUGACAGGUUGAGAGAGGAGCAGCCAGACUUCAAAGAAAAAAUUAUAGUGAUUACAAGUGAACUUACUCAGCCUGAACUGGACCUUAGUGACCCAGUCAAGGAAAAACUUAUAGAAUGCAUUAAUAUUAUAUUUCAUUGUGCUGCUACAGUCAGAUUCAAUGAAACACUAAGAGAUGCCGUUCAGUUAAAUGUGCUUUCCACAAAGCAGCUCCUUUCUUUGGCACAGCAAAUGACAAAUCUAGAAGUAUUCAUGCAUGUUUCCACUGCAUAUGCAUAUUGCAAUCGAAAACAUAUUGAGGAAAUUGUUUAUCCACCUCCUGUUGAUCCCAAGAAGUUGAUGGAUUCUCUUGAGUGGAUGGAUGAUAGCCUAGUAAAUGAUAUUACUCCUAAACUUAUAGGUGACAGGCCUAACACCUACACAUAUACGAAAGCCUUAGCUGAAUAUGUAGUACAGCAAGAGGGUGCAAGACUAAACACUGCCAUUAUAAGGCCAUCUAUUGUUGGUGCUAGCUGGAAGGAGCCUUUUCCUGGAUGGAUUGAUAACUUCAAUGGACCUAGUGGUCUCUUCAUUGCUGCAGGAAAAGGAAUUCUUCGAACAAUGAGAGCUUCCAAUGGUGCAGUAGCAGAUCUUGUUCCAGUAGAUGUUGUUGUCAAUAUGACACUGGCUGCAGCUUGGUAUUCUGGAGUUAAUAGACCAAGAAAUAUCAUGGUAUAUAACUGUACAACAGGUGGCACCAACCCUUUCCACUGGAGUGAAGUUGAGUACCAUGUAAUUUCUACUUUCAAGAGGAAUCCUCUCGAACAGGCCUUCAGACGGCCCAAUGUAAAUCUAACUUCCAAUCACCUUUUAUAUCAUUACUGGAUUGCUGUAAGCCAUAAGGCCCCAGCAUUCCUGUAUGAUAUCUACCUCAGGAUUACUGGAAGAAGUCCAAGGAUGAUGAAAACAAUAACACGUCUGCAUAAGGCAAUGGUAUUCUUAGAAUACUUUACAAGCAAUUCUUGGAUCUGGAAUACUGAAAAUAUGACUAUGCUGAUGAAUCAACUAAGCCCUGAAGACAGAAAGACUUUUAAUUUUGAUGUUCGACAACUACAUUGGGCAGAAUACAUGGAAAACUACUGCAUGGGAACAAAGAAAUACGUGUUGAAUGAAGAAAUGUCUGGCCUCCCUGCUGCUAGGAAACAUUUAAAUAAGUUAAGGAAUAUACGCUAUGGAUUCAAUACAAUUCUGGUGAUCCUGAUUUGGCGCAUCUUUAUUGCAAGAUCACAAAUGGCAAGAAAUAUCUGGUACUUUGUGGUUAGUCUGUGCUACAAGUUCCUCUCCUACUUCAGAGCCUCCAGUACUAUGAGAUACUGAAGAACAAGAAUUUAGCAUUAGGGCAUCUAUGCAUAGAGCAGCAGUCUAACUACACAAAGUCUGUUACAUGUAAUCAUCUCACAUUUUGUAAAAACAUUAUUUUAAAUUGGAGUGCAAAAUACAUAGUAUGGUGUAUGUAAAGUUAGUUAUAUAUCUUCCUGAAAACAGAAAAUAAAAUGUUCAAGUGCCAGGCUGAAUUGACUUUAGGCAAGUAUCUAACUUUUUAACCUGAGCAGAACAUUUUAGACCACUGACCAACGUAACUGUGCAGUUCGGGACAUUUUUGAUUGAAAUCUGCCUUAACAUAAUUUUAUUUUUAUUCCACAUUGAGAAAGGUGAAUAUUGAUACAAGAUUUGCUAGUUACUGUAGACCUAUUUAUUUGAAAUCCUGCUAAAUUGCAAAGGGUUUUACAGUUGCCGCAGUGCAUAAAUGCUGGUGGAUCUCCUGGAAAAACUAUUUUUGCCACUUCUUGUCUUCUCAAAGUAAGAUUGUAAUGAUGACUACUUGUCUUUACGAGAAAGUCCCCUCCCUUUGUUACAGAAAGGCCUUUUGUGUGAUCUGGUUUUAGGUGUGAUUCAGUUUCAUGCUCAAAAUUGACCCCAUCCUACUUGAGUUUAUGUCAGCAUGACCAAUUUGCUUUUCUGAAAGCAGAAUUGAUCCUAUCAUUGAAUAGAUAAAAGGAAUAUAACCCUGAGGGGGAAAAAGUGAUCAUUCACCAUCCUUUUUUUUUUUUUUUGUUGGUAACACAGAGCCAGCACUUGAUUGUUACAGUUCUGACUCCAAAACGUAAAUGUAUUUGAAAGGAGUUUAUUAUGCUUGAUAGUUAUUCAUAGUACUGGUAACUGUAGUUGGACAAACUGUAGGGUUUUGUUGAGAUAUACCUGUUCGUAAAUUUCUGCAUGGUGUUAGUGAGUACUUCAUGAAUGAAUAAUUCUUGAAAUUAAGCGAUGAAAAACUCCAUGCAUGCAUAACACCAUUGCCUAAGCACUCUUUCUCAUUUUUGCCCCAAUAAAACCUUUGUUUUGCUGGGCAAGCAGAACAAGAAGCAUCGUGCUUCAGAAUGGAAAUAUCUUAACAGUUCUUCUAUGAUUUAGUUUAAAUUAUUAGGUUUAAACAUGAAGUGUUUUGCUGCAUUUAAUUCAUUCUGGUAGGUAAAACUCAUCAAAAUAGCAAGUUGUAAGAAAAGACUGAAUUCCUGUUUAAGGCAAUAAGUAAAGGUCCCUUGAAAUUUUUGUUACAUAGAACUCUACUUAAGAACAGUCAUUUUCCUCUUAUUGAUGCACUGACCAGCACCCUUGCCCAGUGUUUUUCAUUAAAAUCAGUUUAUACUGUAUGUUAAUAUGUUCUUGAAUCUGCUUGAAAAAACAAAUAAUGACUUAAUUACACAAGAGCUAAAUUAUACUUGCCCUUGGUAGUUGUCCUAUUUGAAUUAAGUAUGUAAAGAACUUAUUUUGCUAUUCUUGUGGAAACUCCUUACUUUAAGGAGAACACCUUUCAUGCAGGUGUAUAUCUCAUUUUGAAAAGACAAUGGCUUCCUUGUUGAAGCUAAGUAUUCUGUAGUAAGUAGUUAAGCUGUAAUUCCUUUUUAAAAUGAUCCGUGUAUGUGUACACACACAC